GCAAAAGCGAGAACGAAAACGGGCACAAACGCUUAAGUGAUAAUCUGUCGGAGCUCUUGGGAGCUUAGAGCUCGGGAGACGAAAAGUAAGCAGACAGCAGUCAGUCUACAGAGAAGUUGCAAGAGCUGACGCUCGCUCAGUAGGUAGAACAGGUGCGCGCACUUUAGAGAACGGAGAAUUUACGGUGCCAACAGCAGAAUUUUUGGUUUACGGCUCAAACGUGGCAGCCAAAAUAGUGUUAAAUACCGUACGGCCAAGGCGCAGCGACCAGAAGACGACAACGACGACGAAAAGUUGCCGUUCGUGCAGCAGUUGCCGCAGAUAACAGCACCAACAGCUGUUGCGCUCUGGUCCCAUUCCACCUCCCGCCCGCCCGCCGUGCUUUUGCCCACCACCAUUAUGCCUGAUCCCACACAACGUUUGUUUUGCAUGAGCCUGCUGGUCCUUGCGCUGCUACCCACUAUGUGCCUGGGCCUGCUCGAGGGCCUGUAUUGUGGAAAAGAAAAUUGUUACGAUGUACUAGGUGUCACACGCGAAUCCUCGAAAUCUGAGAUUGGAAAGGCAUAUCGUCAGCUGGCACGCCGCUUUCAUCCCGAUCUUCAUCGUGGUGCCGAGGCCAAGGCGGAAGCUGAGCUUCAGUUCAAAUUGGUAGCCACUGCCUAUGAGAUUCUGCGCGAUGAGGAUUCACGUAACGAUUACGACUACAUGCUGGACAAUCCGGAUGCCUACUAUGCGCAUUAUUAUCGUUACUAUAGGCGGCGUGUUGCGCCCAAAGUGGAUGUGCGCAUUGUGAUCGUGGUCACGUUGACUAUUAUCUCAGUUAUUCAGUACUAUUCCGGAUGGCAGCGCUACGACUCAGCUAUAAAAUACUUUGCCACUGUGCCAAAGUAUCGGAACAGAGCGCUGGAUAUAGCACGGGAUGAGAUUCAGGAGCGCAUACAUAAUCGUAAGGGUAAGAAUCGUUUGUCCAAGACAGAUCAAAAGGAGGAGCUGGAGCGCAUCAUACGUAAGGUGAUUGAGGAGAAGAUGGAUGUGAAAGGCGGAUAUGCGAAGCCUACGUUGUGGGACGUCCUGUGGGUACAGCUGCUGAUCUGCCCAUACACCAUCAUCUCUUUCCUGAUCUGGCAUGCUCAGUGGUUCUGGCGCUACACGAUCCUCAAACUGCCAUAUGGACGGGAUCAGAAACUCUAUCUGAUACGUCGCUACAUGAAGAUGGGUCAGCAUCAGUUUAAUGCGCAGGAGGAUAAACAAAUUGAGGAAUAUUUGCAGCUAGAGCUGUGGAAGCGUGAGAAUUUCGAAGCGUGGAAGGCGGAGCAGGAGGAGGAGAUGAAGAAGAAACUGGCCGAAAAUCCUCGCUAUAAAGCCUACAGGCGCUAUAUGAAGAACCAUGGACCCGGUCGCAUAACGUUCGAGGAUUAAGCAAGGCGACCCCCAUCAAGUUUUAUUGAUGGGAAUUGGUCAUCCUAUCCUCACAGUCACGAAGAGUUGGAUUCCAUCCGUCACUCAGCUGCCUAUCAUUUGUGUUUUGACGUACAUGCAUGCGUGUUUUUUUUAUACUUUUUGUUUCACCAACUAGAGAGAAAUAUUUGCAAUAGCUUAAAAAUAAAUUAUGUAUGUUAAUUCUGUAAA